GCUCGGCUGAGGACCAGAGACAUUGGGUCAGUGAGUGAGCUCGUGCUUCUUCGUCCGCGGGACCAGUCUUUUGGGCUUCACGCGGUUGAGCACUCGCCACUCUGUCUCAGCCCAAGCUCCUAAAGCUCCCGUUUCCUCUUCAAGGUCUUAGCCUUUCAAAGCUCGUUAUAUCAAAGCACGGUGCUGCAUGGUCUCACUCUUACAAAUUGCGUGAACACCUUCCAAUACUUUUCUUACACAUCAAUUUCGUCCCACCCGUGGAGCCUCAGUAGGAAAAAGCAACCAUGUUUCUCAAAGUACAGUUGCCGUGGAAUGUGGUCAUCCCUGCUGAGAGCCUUGAUAUAAAAGGACUGAUGCUCCAAAAGUCAAUUGUGGUCCAACUGCUGGAUGAAUUUGCAUCAAGAAAGGCAACCAAGGAUCUGGGAUACCUCCUUGCUCUCACAACUCUGGAGAGCAUAGGAGAGGGUAGGGUCAGGGAGCAUACUGGGGAUGUGCUGUUUCCAGUUGUUUUUAGCGGCGUGACCUUCAAGCUUUUCAGGGGAGAGAUCGCAGAGGGUGUUGUCCACAAAGUUCUGAAGCAUGGAGUUUUUCUAAGCUGUGGCCCAGUUGAAAACAUCUAUCUCUCUAAGCUGAAGAUGCCUGAUUAUGAUUAUGUGCCUGGGGAGAAUCCUGUAUUCAUGAAUAGCAAGAUGUCUAAAAUUGAGAAGGGCUUCACGGUUCGUUUCAUUGUCAUUGGGACCAAGUGGCUUGAAUCAGAAAGAGAAUUUCAGGCGUUGGUUGGUUUGCAUGCAGAUUAUCUAGGACCAGUUUCUUAGUCUGGUUACCUUCUAGCCAAUCCCUUUGUAGCUUAGUGUUUUUGCUGACUGUAUCAGUCUGUCUUUGGAAUGUUUAAUAUCAUGUAACUUCGGAUCUUUCUCAGUAAAGGUUGAAAUCUGUUGCCCUUUUUCUUA